UUGUGUGAUAAGUGUACAGGAGAGCACAGUUCGAAAUCUAGAAACUAAGAUGAAGCCAAUGCUUAAGUUUAUCAUUGUCCUUUGUUUGGUGAGUUUUGUGCUGUCAAUUUCAAUUCCACAGGAAGAAACGGAAGAUAGUGCAGGUGAUGAUGCAGAAGAAGAGGGAGGAGCAGACGAUGCAGAAGGAUCAGACGAAGCAGAUGGAGCAGACGAUGCAGAAGAAAAAGACGACAAAGAGGAAAAUUCAGGGGAUAAAACCGAUGAAGAAGGAAACGGCGAAGGAAAGAAAGAAUCGGAAGGUGAUUCGCCCAAGGGAGGAGAUGAAGAGGAUGACAGAGUCAAUACCUAUAAUAAGGUUUCUGAAAUUGUAAAGAAGGCAACUAAUUCAGAUAAAAUUAAGGAUGAGUACUUCAGAUCAUAUUUGGACGGUAGUUUACAAUCUGCUCUUAGAAACCCACUAAUUGGCGCUGUUGGUGAAAUUGGUCAGUUUUCUAAGAUUGAAGAAUGUUUCAAAAGCUUAGAAAAGGAUGUAGAGAAAAUUGUGACCGAAAAGAAUAAAGCAUUCGCUGAUUGCAAAGGUAAACCAGACGCCAGCGAGUACAAUUGUUCAACGGAGCAGUCUCAGGCUGCCGAAACUGAACUUGGAUCCAUUGCAUCGAAGAUCGUAAGCUGUGUUUCAUCCAAAGGAGCCUAAUAAACAUAUUUUUAUAAAUUGAGAUGGAUCACAAUAGAAACAUGAUAUGUAUUUUACAUUGUUCGGGGUAGCAAUAAAAUGAAGAGA